AUGCCGCCGAAACGAAAAGCCCAACCUCUUGGGUUGAAUAGAAGGGUCCGCCCUCGACGCGAGGAAGACUGGAAUCUCGAGCCUGAGUCGGAGAGCCAGCAGACUGACGAUGACGAUGUCUCAGAGGAAGACAUUGGCGAGCAAGAGAGUGAGGGCGAGAACUCGUCUGAUGCUAAAGACGACGAAGAUUCAAACUCUGAAUCAGAAGAGGAUGCCCCUCCCAAAAUUGAUCUCUCCUCGGUAUCAUUCGGAGCCCUAGCUCGCGCGCAAUCAUCCAUGCCCGCCACAAGCCGACGAGCAAAGAAGAACAAGAAAGCAGACUCCGACUCCGACUCUGAAGAACCCAAAAUGACCCUUCGCGAGCAAGCCGAAGCCCGUCGACUCAAAAACAAGGCCGCCGCCAAGCCCGGCCGCACAUCCAAGCACGCGCCGCAGGAGCAGUCCUCCAAGAAGCCCGUCUCGCGGCGCCGCGAGAUCCUCGCCGACCCGCGACGCAAGCCGCGCGACCCGCGCUUCGACCCGCUCAUGGGCACCGUCGACGAGGACAAGAUGCGGCGCGCCUAUGCCUUUCUCGACGACUACCGCGACAGCGAGAUGGCCGACCUCAAGGCGCAGAUCAAGAAGACCAAGAACCCCACGGAGAAGGAGGCGCUGAAGCGGCAGCUGCUGUCGAUGGAGUCGCGGAAGAAGGCGCAGAAGAAGCGCGACGAGGCGGGCGAGGUGCUGCGCGCGCACAGGGAAAAGGAGAAGGAGCUGGUGGCGCAGGGCAAGCAGCCGUUCUACCUGAAGAAGAGCGCGCAGAAGACGCAGCUGCUGACCAAGCGGUUCACGGAUAUGAGCAAGGGCCAGGUGGACCGCGCGAUCGAGAGGAAGCGGAAGAAGGUGGCGGGCAAGGAGAGGAAGGAGUUGGAUAGCCUGGUUCGCCCAAGGGAUAGGCGCUGA